AUGGCACCAUCUUUCAACGAGACCUUUGCAGUCUCAGACAAUGUUGCCGUUAUCGUUCCUGAGACCGGCGUCCAAGUAACCUAUCGUGAAUUAUCUCAUCAAGUUGGACAUUUCCAAAAUGUUUUUAAUGACCCAGAAUCACCACUUUAUAAUGUUAUCGGUAGACAAAGUCCUGUAGCAAUUUCUCUGCGCAAUGGGCUGGAAUUCAUUGUAUCCUUCUUGGGUACAACAAUGGAUGGAAAGGUAGGUGCACCUCUUAACUCAAACUACAGAGAACAAGAAUUCAAUUUUUAUCUGGAAGAUUUGAAGGCUAAAGCUGUUGUUGUUCCAAAGGGUACGGUAAAGGAAACUCCAACUGCUGAAAUUGUCAAGAGUGCUAAAAAAUUCGAAUGUUUUAUCGUAGAGGUAUUUUUCGAUGUAAAAAGAUUUAGACUUGAAUAUGACGUCUAUUCUGCAAAGGACGGUUACUCUAAAGUGCAAUACAGCUCUUUGAACAAUGCUGUAUUCUUCAAUUUGGAUGACAAAAAGUUCCCAGGAUUUGCUAGAUCUAAUGACGUUGCCCUUGUGUUACACACCAGUGGUACGACUUCAAGACCAAAGACUGUUCCAUUGUUGCAUUUAAACAUUGUGAGAAGUACGGAAAAUAUUUCCAAUACCUAUAAAUUAACCCCUCAGGACCGUUCCUAUGUGAUCAUGCCUCUAUUCCAUGUACAUGGAUUAAUUGGUGCACUUUUGUCCACUUUUAGAACGCAAGGUUCUGUCGUGGUGCCAGAAAAAUUUGGUGCCAAGAGAUUCUGGGACGAUUUUGUUAAGUACGGUUGCAACUGGUUCAGUUGUGUACCAACAAUUAGUAUGAUCAUGUUGUCAAUGCCAAGACCAACGCCAUUCCCUAACAUCAGAUUCAUCAGAUCUUGCUCUUCAGCACUAGCACCAACUACUUUCCAAAAAUUGGAACAAGCAUUCCAAGCACCUGUAUUGGAAGCAUAUGCAAUGACCGAAGCUGCUCAUCAAAUGACUUCUAAUAACUUGCCUCCUGGAAAGAGAAAGCCAGGUACUGUGGGACAACCACAAGGUGUAGAAAUUGUCAUCCUUGAUGAGAAGGAUAACAAAUUGCCCCAAGGCAAAAUUGGUGAAGUUUCUAUUAGAGGUGAGAAUGUGACUCCAGGUUACGCUAACAACGCUAAGGCUAAUCUGGAAAACUUCACUCGUAGAGAAAACUACUUCCGUACUGGUGAUCAAGGAUUUUUCGAUCAAGAGGGAUUCCUUGUUCUUACUGGUCGUAUCAAGGAAUUGAUUAACAGAGGUGGUGAAAAGAUCUCGCCUAUCGAACUAGAUGGUGCUAUGUUAUCACAUCCAGCAGUUAAAGAAGCUGUUUCUUAUGGUGUGCCUGAUGAAAAAUAUGGCCAAGCGGUUCACGCUGCUGUGGUUUUGGAAUCGGGUAAAACAUUGACUCCACAAGAUUUGGCUGACCACAUGAAGCAAAGAGUCUCUGCGUAUAAAGUUCCAGUUGAAUUUAACUUUGCUGACAAGCUACCUAAAACUGCUACAGGUAAGAUUCAAAGACGUAUCAUUGCCGAAGCUUUCUCUAAGAAGCAGAGUAAAUUGUAG